AUGCCUAGCAUACGGAGAACGCUGGUUGCUGCGCUCGUCGCCUUCCCCGCGGCUAUGGGCCACAGCUGGGGCGAACAACUUCGUAACAUCGACGAUAAAGGCAAUUACGUCGGCCAAUAUGGAUACCCGCGAGGCUUCAUCGACAGACCCGAUGGCUCGGGUGACCCCAUGUCCUACCGCGUGAACGAAGGCAGGGCGUAUAUCAACAAGGACGACAUGGUCUGCCCGCCCGCCCAACGCGAACAAAAGCAGGCGAACGCCGACAAGUUUCCUCGUCUCAAAGCUCCGCCGGGCGGCUACGUCGCUAUACGAUAUCAAGAGAAUGGACACGUUACAAACUCAGACACCAACCGCGAAAAGCCAGAGAAGGGUGGCACAAUCUUCGUCUACGGAACCAAGGAACCAAAACCCGACGACAAGCUCGUCGACGUACUGCAGUGGACGAAAGAUGGUCAGGGUGGCAACAAGCGUGGAGUCCUGUUAGCUAUGAACGAUUACGACGAUGGGCGAUGCUAUCUAAACAACGGUUCGCCAAAAGCCAAGGAACGUGAACAGUUCUCGCCAGCCUAUGCGGUGGGCUCACCUCAAAGCGGGCCCUCGAACACAGUCAUGUACUGCGAGACCGAUGUCAAGCUUCCAGAUACCAUGGAACUCAGCAAAGCCUACACCUUGUACUGGGUCUGGCAAUGGGCAUCGAUGCCUGGUCGAGCUGGGUUUUCAAAGGACGGCAAGGAUGAGUACUUCACUACAUGCAUGGACAUCGACGCCGCUUCCGCCGAUGUUGCCAUGGUAGCUGAAGCUCCAGAUGCGAUGGCGAAGUUCCAGAUGAAGCAGCAGGAUGGUGUCACUACCGCCCACCCUGACUUCAAAUCACGGACUGCUCUUUUCACAGGAUCACCAUUUGAGCGCGAGUAUGGUCCGAUCACCUCCGAGAUCUCAAUCCCAGGUGGAGGCUCCGGUUCUGGUGGCGACGCUCCUUUCCCCACCAACAGCACUGCUCCCACCGGCGCUACACCUCCAGUCACCACCAGCGCUGUUCCCACUCCAAGUGCUGCACCCCCAGCCCCCAGCAACUCUCCUCCGAUCUCUGCCGUCAUUCCUUCUGCGACCGCCCAGCUGCCAUCUCCUAGCAACUCCGCGGCCUCCAGCGCUACUAUGGAGAUUCCGACACUUUCAGGUCGCCCCGGCGCUGCACCAACACCACCAGCCGGCGACAACGGCGUUGUCACAGUCACCGACACUGUCAUGGUCACUGUCACAGCGCCUGCUCCAACAGCGCCUGUUUCUACUCCCCCCGCUCCCCCGGCAGCCGCUCCCCCAGCUAUCACUCCUCGCGCAGUGCACAGCAUCUACCACAGGAAUGGUGCUAAGUUUAGGGGUCUAUAG